AUGGCAACUGAAAAGAUGCUCUUGUAUACGAGGGUGGCCGCCCCUAAAGCCCCCAAAAAGCGGUCACGGGCCGGCUGUAACUAUUGUAAGGACAAGAAAAAGAAGUGCGAUGAAGUUCGACCAGCCUGUGGAAGAUGCCAGGAGCAUGGUGAGGAUUGCCAUUACGAACCAAUAAAACCUCGCCAACGCCGCAGGGUUGAGAAUGCCGACAAGACUGCAUCAACCGCUGAACCACCGCAGAUGUCAGAAGACAUGGCGGAUAACUUGUCAGCACAAACAGAAUCAGACUCUCAGCUCGCAUUGACGAAUACGUCUACUUACCACAACGAGGAGCACUUUGUUGGAUGGGAUAUGUCCGGUUUCAGGUCCUCUGACCAUGGACACCAGUCCUUCUCGCACUUUGAAGCCGAGCCAUCCUUUACGCUGAAACACGAAAAAUAUUUCUUUUUUGACGGGCUCGAUAUUCCGUCCAAUUCCAGCCAAAGCCCGUCUCUCGCUUUGAUUGCACCUGCAGUGAAUCCGUCACCGCUGUUCGAAUUCUAUGCCCCAGCAUUCGAGGAGUUUUCUAGCGACCACCAUCAUCGUCUUCUCAUGAAUCACUUUUGCAACACACUCUCACAUUUGAUAGUAUUGAGAGAAGAUGAGGGAAACCCUUUUCAGCAACUUGUCCUUCCACUUGCCUAUAACAGCUCGGCUGUCAAGGCUGCAGUAUAUGCCCUUGCCAGCGCACAUCUGGAAGGCAAAGGGGUCCAAAAGCUGGAAAACGACGAAAAGAGCCUUCAGUUUCAUAAUGAAGCCAUCCGUAGCUUAGCAAAACUCAUAGAGAAGGGCGAUAAUGCCAACAAGAAUGAGCUGCUGGCUACCAUCAUUUUAUUGGUAUAUUACGAGGUGCUCGUACAAAGACGACGAUCGAAUCUCGUCGAAGGUCACUUAAAAGGGGCCAUGGCAAUAAUGGGAAAUGGGCCGAGUUCAAAUGAUCGGACGAGUUUGUUCCUGGACAGGGCAUUCCGAUUUUAUGACGUAAUUGCAGCUUUAUCAUCUGGAUCCGCACCGAUCUCAGACGGCUCGAGUUGUGACAGUUUCACUGGUCUACUCCAAGCCGAUUCUCAGGGCCUGCCGCCGUCACCAGCCAGCGUGGAUGCGCUGCUUGGUCUCGCUACAUCUUUGUGGCCAGUAAUUCACAGACUCUCCGGCCUCCUUGCUCUAAAGAAUGAAGUUGAAGAAUCGGUAGCACAUGGUGACUUAUCCAGCACUACACAACUCCAAACAAAAUUUGAUACGGAGUGUGCUGCUGUCGAAUCUUCCCUCGAUGAGUGGCAGCCCAUGAUACCAGCCGACUGCAACCUUCAGACUGACCUGGGAUGCCCAACAGCAAAUUCUGGAGUAAAGAUGAAACAGCUUCAAAGUAUCUUCAAUACAGCCCUUGCUUACAGACACUCGGCCCUAGUAUACUUGUACAGAACCAUUUACGACUGUUCACGAGACCAUCCUGUGGUGCAGCGUCAUACCUCCAUCAGUCUUGUACACUGCGAGGCGACGGUGAGACACGAAGGGCCAAUGGGUGCUCUGCUCUGGCCCUUGUUUGUAGCGUCUUGCGAAGCCGUUGCACAAACAGAUCGACACCUGGCUAGUGAAGCCUUUAGGGGUAUUGGCCAAAGGCAGGGAAUGACAAAUAUCGACAGAGCUUGGGAAGUGGUACAAGAGGUCUGGAAUCGAGCUGAUGAGGCCGAAAGCAUCGAAUCUGAUAUGGCCAUGACUUCAGAGCAGAGUAGGAAGGAUUUGUGGAGAAGAGUGAGUGAAGACAUGGGUAUGACAAUAGUAUUUGGAUAA